CCUGAACAGACACCGGGAGAAAGAGAGGAGGACACACAGACAGACAGACAGACACAGACACACACUCACACCGAGCUCUGCCCUCUCUGUAGCUCACGUUUCGGAGCCCAGUCGCGUCGCCUUCACUUGUUCAAAGUUUAUAAACCCAGCAGCCCCCACCGGUAGUCGACACAACGCUUUCCGUGAUGGUCGGUGCGUUUAGGGAUCGACGAGUAUGAUGCCACGACUUGAGCUGACGGAGUGUCUUUAAUUUUGAUUUAUUUAUUUAUUUAUUUAUAUUUUUUAGCCGGUGGAUCAUUGAUGAAGCAGUUAUUGGGGGCUGCAAAUGAUACGUCGUGUGUACGUGGAUAAGUUCACCGACCUGCAGUCGUAGCCUACCGUAGGCUAGUCUACCGAAACUUCCCGUGUCUGGGUCCCAAGUUAUCGCACACUUGCGUUGCCGCUAACCACUUAACGCGGACUCUACCCCUGCUCGAGGACUGUUUUUGAAAAUGGAUUUGAGGAGCCUGGGCUGCAUCCUCGUUUUCCCGGUUCAGUUGCUCUAUUAUAUCGUCAAAGCCGGCGUGUUUUCGCUGUUACCAAGUAGAAGGAAGGAUCUCGCCAAGGAGGUGGUAUUGAUCACUGGCGGCGGAAGAGGCAUCGGUCGUCACAUUGCCAAAGAGUUUGCGAAACAGGGAGCUAAAAAGGUGAUCCUUUGGGGCCGCACAGAUAAAUGCCUCAAAGAGACAGCUGAAGAGAUCUCUCUCUCAGGAACAGAGUGCCAUUACUUCUUGUGUGAUGUGGCCAAUCGGGAGGAAGUUUACAAGCAAGCCAAGGUUGUUAGAGAAAAGGUGGGAGAUGUGACAAUAUUGGUGAACAACGCCGCUGUGGUCCAUGGUAAAUCUUUGAUAGACAGCGACGAUGACGCCCUACUGAAAUCCCAACACAUCAACACAAUGGGACAGUUCUGGACAACAAAGGCCUUUCUACCACGGAUGCUGGAAUUGCAGCAUGGCCAUGUUGUAAGCGUUAACUCCAUCCUGUCCCAGUCCCCUAUUCCUGGGGCCAUAGACUACUGCACCUCCAAGGCCUCCUCGCUGGCUUUUAUGGAGAGCCUGACGCUGGGUCUGCUGGACUGCCCUGGCGUUGGCUGCACCACCAUGCUCCCCUUCCACACCAAUACAGAGAUGUUCCAGGGCAUGAGAGUCAGAUUUCCCCAACUCUUCCCGCCACUUAAACCUGAGACAGUUGCCCAAAGGACUGUCGAUGCAGUCAAAACUGACAAGGCCUAUGUCUACUUGCCCUGGACCAUGCAUGUCCUUGUCAUUCUCAAAAGUUUCAUGCCACAAGUUGCACUUGAAGAGAUCCACAAGUUUUCUGGAAGCUAUACCUGCAUGAACACAUUCAAAGGGAGGACAUGAACUGUACUCAAGGAGCUGGGGAGAAUGUCAGCAGAACCUCUUAUGAAGGGAAUAUUUCAUGGACCUUCGCACAUUGAGCAGUGGUGGAGGCCCCGAGGUAGUGAGACGCAAAAUGUCCAGGGGAUGACUACAAGGCUGUUGUCCUGCUGAUAGAAUUUAUUCACAAGCUGCAGGACACAUCCUUGUCUUGUGUGUGUGCGUGUUUUCAGUGUGACUAUGUGUGUGAUUGUUUGGUUGGUGACAGGGUGUACAAAGUUGCGUGUGCAUACAUGUGUUCAGGCAUGUGUAUAGCUUGGAGGACCGAGUACAGUUCUCACAUUGAACAGAAGCCAUGCAUAGGCAUGUACCAGCAGUUAUUCUGGGAGUUUGUUUUUUAUACGCUCCUUUUAGUCUGUUUUUAUGCUUUGUUUUUAUUCCACUUUUAAUGUGUCUUUAAAUAUGAUUCUUUUAAUAAAUUGAGUUU